AUGGGGGGCAAGAAGGCUGCGGCCACUGACGACGGAGCGUCUGCACCGCAGGCGAAGCGUGGCAAGAGGGCCUCCUCGACAGUAGCUGGAUGUGCUUGCGGGUCCUGCGGCGAGAAGUGCCUGCCAUAUUGCUCCAACUGGGCCGAGAAGGAGCUUCAGGUGGACGCGAGGAAUAACAAUGUCAUGGUUCCGAUCGGGCCCGUGUGCGAAGGAUGUGCCGUCUUCGCCGCCUUGAGGUACAUUGACGUCGCCGCCUUGUGCAAGGCGAAGCAGCAGGCUGAUGAGAAGGGCAAGCCGAGUCCAUACCAGAAGGACUUAUCAGAACACAAGGCUUCGAUCAUGCAUCCCCAUUCUCCGACGCCAUGGGGCAAGUGCGAGGUCUAUAAGGAGACGAUCGGCGGCGUGUAUGUCGAGGAGGCCGCGGCGUUCGAGAACAAGGACUCCUUCCAUCAGACCUACGGGGUGGCCAUGGAGGACGUCAAGUUGGCUGGAUUGAGGCGUGACUUCCCUGGUGGCAAGGCCGAGUCGGGCUUGCUGCGGCCCUGCGGCGCCUCCGAUGCCACGAGCAGUGCUGGUGCUCCAGCACCGAAGGUGGUGAGGUACCUGAGCACCCGCAUCGUGAUGAGGCAGCCUCUCAUGAAGCAGCGCACGUUCGAGUCGCAGAGCCAGGUGACCUUCGACAACGAGUUGCAGCGGGUUCACGACAUGUGGGGCGGUGCGUUCGCGAGCAAGUACCAGCCGAGGAACAAGGGCAUCAAGACUUACACCGACGAGCAGGUCAAGGAGGCCGUCGAGGAGUUCGAGCGCAAGAAGGAGUCCCAGAAGCACCAGGGCGCCGACGCAGUGUGGCCAGUGGCGGCGCAGCUGGCCGACUUGGACGCUGACUGCCACGACGACUGCGACAUGGGGGAGACGCAGGCUCGCAUUCGGUCGCCAGAUUUCUGGUGCAGCGUCUGCACGGUCGCGAACGCCUUCGCCAGGGAUCCCAAGCUCACCAGGCGCAUGCAGUGGGCUCGCAACUGUGUCAAGCGCCUGCUUGGAGCCGUUGCGACUACGCUUCAGGCUGGCAGAUUGGAGACCUUCUUGGACAAGACCGACGCCGCGAUCGCCCUGAUGGACGAGCUUGCAGCGAACCCCUCUGGCAGCGAGAGCUUGUGGAAGGCUGCUCGCGCGCUCCACGGGAUGAAGGUCGAGUGCCCAGACCAUGUGGUCGUGAAGCUCACGCGCGCGCUGGCCUGCCAGAACAUGCUCCUCGUCUUCGCGAAGGCCGACGAGGAUGGCGCUCUACUGGCGAACGUCUCCGACGUGGUCGCAGUGGCGAACCCGUUCAGGAGCAUGGGCGACAACGUCGUCGGCGGGGAGGCGCACUCGGACAGCUUGCAGGAGGACGCGGACGUCCAGCUCGUCGCGGAUUCGCCAGGGUUCGAUCUGCUCAGCCCCAGGGUUUCCCACCUCCGUCUUGGGCUCAACGAGAGGGUCCUGGAGUGUGGCAAGGUUGUUGUCAACGAGCUGAUCCCCAUGGUUGCUCAGCGCGGGGAGGAUGCCCUCGGAAUCAUGCUCUCGCUGUGCACGUCCUUGGAGUCGACCUUCGAGGCUGCGCUCGAGGAUUUGGAUAUGGUCCCUGAGGCUACGCGCGAUCUCCUGGAUGCGAUCCGCGCUGUCAUUGGAGUCGUGUCCAGCACUCCUGCGUCGCACCAUUUUGCUGCGCUCCAGACGGCGACGAAGGAGUUCCAGGACAAGAUGGAGGCCAUCAGAGCCAAUGCCAUGCUUGCCCUCUACCGCGGUGACUUCUACAAACGCAGGGCCAUCCACGUGUUCAAGCAUACUCCCGACAUGGCGUCUGCAGUGGAGACGAUGGGCGCCGCGAUGAAGGCUAUGGAUAGGUCGAGCGGUUUCGGACCAGAUGGCGUUGAGUUCACCAACACCUUCACCUCGUCCUUGGUGCAGCUUCAGCGCGCACAGCAGGUAUUGACGCCAGGUGCUACCAAGCAGUGGGAGAUCACGCUCGUUCACAGUUUGCAGCGCGCCUGGGAGUCGAUCGGCACUUCUAAGGGCGUCGUGCUCACGAAGAUCGAGGUGGAGAACUUGGAUCGCUGCGCGGAGUCUGCGAAGGACGUGUGGCCGUCCGAGAACGUGAUCGACGACAUUAUCAUCUGGUGUGCCUCUACUGCGCAAGCCGUGGCUGCGACUGAGCGUGACGAGACAGUCUCUGCCAGCAUCUCGGUUUGCUUCGACCCAGAGUUUGAUGUUCAGAAGUUCGUUGACGCCCUCAAGGCGGAGAAGCAGAAGAAGUGCCCGAAGUUUGCAGAUGACUCCAAGGUCGGCGCGCUGCUCAAGCGCGGGGUCGCCGCAGUGCACGUCCUUUACCAGACUGGCGAUGUGACGCAGACACUUCUAGGUGAGGCGGUCGUCCUCGCGGAGUCGGUAUUGCAUCCGAGUGACCUCGGACAGGGUUGGAAGGCAUUCGCAUCGUGCUUGCAGCUGGAGGCCGACAUCGCCCUCACCUUUGAGACCAUGCAGGAAAGCGACUUGAUCGACGCCCAGGCUGCCGAUGACCCCGCGGCCAUGAUCAAGCGCCUUCUCGCCCAGAUGGUGGAGUACGACAGGCACUCGUGUUCUCUGCCAGAGGAGCUCCACUCGAAGAAGAUGAGCGACGCGUUUGGUGAGUACAAGCGGUGCACUUCGGAGAUCAAGAAUGCUCGCGCCAACGAUGCCCUUGAGAACCUGACCACUGCGAUGGCCGGCAACAAGAACCGCCAGCAUGGCGGAGAGGACGGCCAGAGUUGGCAUUCCAGCCUGGCGGACACCUCGACGUUGACCGACUGCUUCGACACCUGCGCCGAGUCGUUGUUCCAGCAGCCCGACUUGUAUGUGCAGGCGGAGCGGAUCCAGAAGGCGGUGCAGAGCUACCAGGACGCCUGCCACCUCGUCGGGUUGCCGACGGACGCCGACAUCAUCAAGGAUGCUGGCGUGAUGGUCUCUGCGCUAGGGGUCACGCGCACGGAGGCGCUGCUGUUGCGCCUCUUCAACAUCGACGGUUUGGCCCAGUGGGGGCCCGAGGAGCGCGACACGAAGACGCGCCAGAUCAAGCGCGAGUGCCAGAAGUUUGGCAAGUGGCAGAGUGUGUUCAAGCCCAUUAGGGAUCGGGCCGCGGAGGCCAUGAAGAGGAAGUAG